GGCGGCGGGGCGGUGCGGGCACUGCUCGGCCCGACGCACGGUGAGGGGCUCCGCCACCUCGCCAUGCCCGGCCGCCGCCCGCUCCGCCUCGCCGCCGGCCUCGCCAUCCUCUUCCUCGCCGCCGUCGCCGCGCAGGACCGAGACCUCCCCGAAGCAGGCAGCUGCCUGCAGGACGGGCAGAGCUAUAGCGAUAAGGACGUAUGGAAGCCGGAGCCGUGCCGUAUCUGCGUGUGCGACACGGGGACCGUCCUCUGCGACGAGAUCAUCUGCGAGGAGCUGCGGGAUUGUCCCAGCCCCGAAAUACCCUUCGGAGAGUGCUGCCCCAUAUGUCCCACUGACCAACCCAGCGGGCAACCUGGCCCCAAGGGGCAGAAGGGCGAACCCGGUGACAUUAAAGAUGUCGUAGGACCCCGAGGGCCUCCGGGACCGCAGGGCCCGGCAGGUGAGCAGGGACAACGAGGGGACCGUGGCGAGAAGGGGGAAAAGGGUGCUCCCGGCCCCCGGGGCAGGGAUGGAGAACCCGGCACCCCUGGAAAUCCUGGCCCCCCUGGCCCCCCUGGACCUCCCGGCCCCCCCGGCCUUGGUGGGAACUUCGCAGCUCAGAUGGCAGGCGGCUUCGACGAGAAGGCUGGAGGCGCGCAGCUGGGCGUCAUGCAGGGACCCAUGGGCCCCAUGGGACCCCGUGGCCCCCCCGGACCCUCCGGCGCUCCUGGUCCCCAAGGAUUUCAAGGCAACCCCGGCGAGCCCGGCGAGCCCGGCGCUGCUGGUCCGAUGGGUCCCCGGGGACCACCGGGACCUCCUGGGAAACCCGGUGAUGACGGUGAAACAGGAAAACCCGGCAAAUCUGGCGAGCGUGGCCCCCCUGGCCCCCAGGGUGCUCGUGGCUUCCCUGGGACGCCCGGUCUCCCUGGAGUGAAAGGCCACCGGGGCUACCCUGGAUUGGACGGUGCCAAAGGAGAGGCAGGGGCUCCUGGAGCCAAGGGCGAAUCCGGCUCACCUGGUGAGAACGGCUCCCCUGGCCCCAUGGGUCCCCGUGGGCUGCCCGGAGAGAGAGGACGUCCCGGCCCCUCCGGCGCUGCGGGUGCUCGUGGCAACGAUGGUCUCCCCGGCCCGGCUGGACCCCCUGGACCUGUCGGCCCAGCCGGAGCCCCCGGCUUCCCCGGUGCCCCCGGCUCAAAGGGUGAAGCUGGUCCCACCGGCGCACGAGGUCCCGAGGGUGCCCAGGGUCCCCGUGGUGAAUCCGGCACCCCCGGGUCUCCUGGCCCUGCCGGUGCCCCCGGUAACCCAGGUACUGAUGGCAUCCCCGGCGCGAAGGGCUCGGCGGGUGCCCCGGGCAUCGCUGGCGCUCCAGGCUUCCCCGGCCCCCGCGGCCCACCCGGACCCCAGGGUGCCACCGGCCCGCUGGGACCCAAGGGACAGACGGGAGAACCCGGCAUCGCGGGCUUCAAAGGCGAACAGGGACCGAAGGGUGAGACGGGACCCGCAGGACCCCAAGGUGCCCCCGGGCCGGCUGGCGAGGAAGGCAAGAGAGGAGCCCGCGGUGAACCUGGUGCUGCCGGCCCUGUGGGACCACCUGGAGAGAGGGGUGCCCCCGGCAAUCGCGGCUUCCCCGGGCAGGAUGGGCUCGCUGGACCCAAGGGUGCUCCGGGCGAGCGCGGUCCCGCCGGCCUCGCGGGUCCCAAGGGAGCCACCGGCGAUCCCGGGCGCCCCGGAGAGCCCGGGCUGCCCGGAGCCAGGGGUCUCACCGGCCGCCCAGGUGACGCUGGUCCUCAAGGCAAAGUCGGCCCAACCGGUGCUCCUGGCGAGGACGGUCGCCCCGGCCCCCCCGGCCCGCAGGGUGCUCGUGGCCAGCCUGGCGUGAUGGGUUUCCCCGGUCCCAAAGGUGCUAACGGUGAGCCUGGAAAAGCCGGUGAGAAAGGCCUCCCCGGUGCCCCAGGGCUGCGGGGUCUUCCUGGCAAGGACGGUGAGACGGGAGCUGCCGGCCCCCCAGGACCUGCCGGUCCCGCGGGUGAGAGAGGAGAGCAAGGAGCCCCCGGUCCCUCUGGCUUCCAGGGGCUGCCCGGGCCACCAGGUCCCCCCGGAGAGAGCGGCAAACCCGGAGAUCAGGGUGUUCCCGGAGAAGCCGGUGCCCCCGGUCUUGUCGGUCCCAGAGGCGAACGCGGCUUCCCCGGUGAACGUGGCUCUCCUGGUGCGCAAGGGCUGCAAGGUCCUCGUGGGCUCCCCGGCACACCGGGCACCGACGGACCCAAGGGUGCAACCGGACCCGCCGGCCCCAAUGGUGCCCAGGGUCCCCCAGGGCUUCAGGGAAUGCCCGGUGAGAGAGGAGCAGCCGGCAUCGCCGGUCCCAAGGGAGACCGGGGAGACGUAGGAGAGAAGGGCCCCGAGGGAGCCCCUGGAAAGGACGGCGCACGCGGUCUGACGGGUCCCAUCGGUCCCCCCGGCCCCGCUGGCCCCAAUGGCGAGAAGGGUGAAUCUGGCCCUCCUGGUCCAUCUGGUGCUGCUGGUGCCCGUGGUGCCCCUGGCGAGCGCGGUGAACCCGGUGCCCCUGGUCCCGCCGGAUUUGCUGGCCCCCCGGGUGCCGACGGGCAACCCGGUGCCAAAGGCGAACAAGGAGAGCCCGGGCAGAAGGGUGACGCCGGUGCUCCCGGUCCCCAAGGUCCCUCUGGCGCACCUGGCCCGCAGGGUCCAACUGGUGUUACUGGUCCCAAAGGAGCCCGGGGUGCUCAGGGCCCCCCUGGAGCCACUGGAUUCCCCGGCGCCGCCGGCCGUGUGGGACCACCCGGCCCUAAUGGUAACCCAGGCCCCCCCGGUCCCCCCGGCUCUGCUGGCAAAGAUGGUCCCAAGGGUGCUCGUGGUGAUGCCGGUCCCCCGGGCCGUGCUGGUGACCCUGGCCUCCAAGGCCCCGCCGGCCCCCCUGGCGAGAAAGGUGAACCCGGCGAGGACGGCCCCGCGGGUCCUGACGGUCCCCCCGGUCCCCAAGGUUUGGCAGGACAGCGCGGCAUCGUCGGUCUUCCUGGGCAGCGUGGCGAGAGAGGCUUCCCCGGGCUGCCGGGACCAUCGGGCGAACCUGGGAAACAAGGAGCACCCGGCUCUGCAGGCGACCGCGGCCCCCCCGGCCCUGUGGGUCCCCCCGGUCUGACGGGUCCUGCCGGCGAACCUGGGCGCGAGGGUAACCCUGGCUCUGAUGGACCCCCGGGCAGGGACGGUGCAGCUGGCGUGAAGGGUGAUCGUGGUGAGACCGGUCCUGUAGGUGCCCCCGGCGCUCCCGGUGCCCCCGGCGCUCCUGGCCCCGUUGGUCCCACCGGCAAACAAGGAGACAGAGGCGAGACGGGUGCACAAGGUCCCAUGGGUCCCUCUGGUCCUGCUGGCGCUCGAGGGAUGCCGGGUCCCCAAGGGCCUCGUGGUGACAAGGGUGAGACGGGAGAGGCUGGAGAGAGAGGGCUGAAGGGCCACCGCGGCUUCACCGGGCUGCAGGGUCUUCCCGGACCACCCGGUCCUUCUGGAGACCAAGGUGCUGCUGGUCCUGCGGGUCCCUCCGGUCCCAGGGGUCCCCCCGGCCCCGUCGGCCCCUCUGGCAAAGACGGCUCCAACGGCAUGCCCGGCCCCAUCGGUCCCCCCGGCCCCCGCGGACGAAGUGGCGAACCAGGUCCUGCGGGUCCUCCCGGAAACCCAGGUCCCCCCGGUCCUCCUGGCCCCCCCGGCACUGGCAUUGACAUGUCAGCUUUUGCUGGCCUGGGUCAGCCGGAGAAGGGUCCCGAUCCCAUCCGCUACAUGCGGGCGGACGAGGCUGCCGGCAGCCUGCGGCAGCACGAUGUCGAGGUGGACGCCACGCUCAAGUCCCUCAACAACCAGAUCGAGAGCAUCCGCAGCCCCGAGGGCUCCAAGAAGAACCCGGCCAGGACCUGCCGUGACAUCAAGCUUUGCCAUCCCGAGUGGAAGAGCGGAGACUACUGGAUCGACCCGAACCAGGGCUGCACCUUGGACGCCAUCAAAGUUUUCUGUAACAUGGAGACGGGCGAGACCUGUGUCUACCCCAACCCCAGCAGCAUCCCCAAGAAGAACUGGUGGACCAGCAAGACCAAAGACAAGAAGCACAUCUGGUUCGCAGAGACCAUUAAUGGCGGUUUCCACUUUAGCUACGGCGAUGAAGACCUGGCUCCCAACACUGCCAACAUCCAGAUGACCUUCCUCCGUCUCCUGUCCACCGAAGGCUCCCAGAACGUCACUUACCACUGCAAGAACAGCAUCGCCUACAUGGACGAGGAGACAGGCAACCUGAAGAAAGCCAUCCUCAUCCAGGGGUCCAACGACGUAGAGAUCAGAGCUGAGGGCAACAGCAGGUUCACGUACAGCGUCUUGGAGGAUGGUUGCACGAAACACACUGGCAAAUGGGGCAAGACAGUCAUUGAGUACCGAUCGCAGAAGACCUCGCGCCUGCCCAUUGUAGAUAUUGCACCUAUGGACAUUGGUGGAGCUGAUCAGGAGUUUGGCGUGGAUAUUGGCCCAGUCUGCUUCUUGUAAAAAGAAUUGUUUUAUUUGUGUGUUUGUUGUUGUUGUUGUUUGUUGUUUGUUUGUUUUUUUUUUUUUUAAAUCCAGCCCAAUACCAUAAAAGAAAACUAAAAAAAACCCAAACCCACCCCAAGGACCUGAGUACUUUCCAAUCGCUCGUACGACUUCUGCACUGAAUGGCUGCAACAACCCCUCGAUUCACGCCCUUCCGUUGGGGACCACCGCCUCUUUCCAACGCCGUCUGGGCAGGCUG